GCGCAAACUCCUUCGGUUCUGCCUCACCCUUAAUCGAUUAAAUCACUUUGAUUAAUCGAUUAUUAUUCAAUUUUUUUGGGUUUAAUAAACCGACCUGGCUUCGUCUUCCUCGCCACUUCUCUCAGAAAAUUAGACCGAGGCGACGAAACCCUAGGUCUUCUUCUUCUAUUUCUUCACAAAUUCCUUCAAUCUUUUCACCAAAUUUCAUCAAUUUCAAAGAGGGAAGAUGCCAAGGUGCAAGAACGCUUCCUCGGGUCAAGAAACCGUGGCAGAGGAGAAUGAGAGGCCAUGGCGUCGUGAAGGGAGCAAGUAUAUUCACAUUCAAACAGGUCUCGCCUUCAACACUGGAGCUUCAGUCGAGAGGUUCCACAACAUCUUCCUCACGAAGGAGAUCGUCUCUCCCAAGAUCGUGAGCAAGGACCUCUUCAAAUCGGCGACCUAUGCCCCGAACUUCACUCGGGACACUCAGGUGCCGGUCAAGAAGACUUGUUUCAUCACUGAAGCCAAGUUUUCCCGGAUCGUGUAUCGAGAGGAGAGCGAUGCUGCACCUAAUCUGGACCUGAUAGUCGCCGAAGAAGAAGAAGAAAGCCAAAAUGAGAAUCAAGCUGAGUCAUCUCAAGCCGGAGGAAGUCGAGCCACGGAACGCGUCAAUCGUCAACGCAAGACUCGUCCGAGAGAAGAAGCACCAGAACCUUCUUGGGUGAAGAGGAUCUUUGAUACUCUCACCUGCAUCCGAGACGACGUUCGCCAGCUCAACGAGAGGAUGACUCGUUUCGAGCAUUCCCGCUCCUACCGUGGCCCGCGUCACAGCUUCAGCGGAGGAGCUCGUCCGGCGAACUCUCUUUGAUUAUUUUCUCUUCUGUCUUAACUUUUUAUGAUACAUUGUUAUUUGCUAUUGUUGUUAUAACUCUUUUGGUGGAUGAUGAUGUUGCUAAUACGGUUCUCUUUUAGAACAUAUUGUCCCUUUGUGGCAAUUCGUGUUAGAAGUUCUCUUUUUUUAAGAAAACUCUUACAAAAUU